AUGCCUGAAGAGGAUAUCGAGGAUGCUGCUGCUGCUGCGGCUGCUGCUGCUGCUGCGGCUGCCACUGAUGACAGCGUGAAGCGAUCAGUAGUAACAGCAGCAGACGGUGUCAUCCAGACUGCAGCAGCGAAUGACAACAUCACAGCCACCAACAGUAACACCAUCACCAACGUCAACAUGAAGAAUCUUCUGCGCUCGCAUCUGUUGACUUCAACUGCUGAAGCGGAGACCGAACUAGGUCAGCACGGCAUCGCCAAUGACCAGCUGGUGCUGGUGUACAGUCUGGAGUUGAAUGCCUUCAACAAGUCGAAGCUCUUUCGCUGUGCCAAGUACAAUCGAGUUCGCUUUCACCUUGCCCCCUCGCUUUACGGCCGCUCGGUGACACUGCUCACCAACUACUCAGAUGACUAUACUCAAUUUAAAAGAGAAACCUACAGCGAGGUGCCCAUCAGCGAUGCUCACAACGUACUUCAGCUUCUCUCUUCUGGUUCAUUUCACUUUUACUACACUGAAAAGAAUCGCCCAAAAGCCGUACUAGGCUCCUUUUACAUUGUCGUCAAUCCCGAGUUGACCAUCUACGGCGGUGCCAACAGCAAACAGAAGAAGGCGGAAACACUCUCUGUCAAUGCCAUUCAAUGUCAAACGGUGCUGUCGAAAUGCAUGGGCUCCAUAGAUACGUGGCCGGAGAAACUCAAGGUCUCCAUCGAGAGUGGCUACAACAUGAUCCACUGGACGCCUAUUCAGGAGCUGGGCAGCUCUCGCUCUGCGUACUCGCUCGCCAAUCAGCACCGUAUCAAUCCCUCCUUUCGCUCAGCCGCCAUGAUUGAGGGUGGUCGUGACUGUUCGCUGGCUGACAUUGCCACUGUCGUUGACGAGCUGCGCACUGAACUCGGCGUCCUGUCAAUCACUGAUAUCGUCCUCAAUCACACCGCCAACGAGAGCGUCUGGCUGACGGAGCACCCUGAGGCUGCCUACAACUGCUCCAAUGCGCCCUGGCUGCGACCUGCCUUUCUCCUGGACCGCCUUUUCUGGCAUCUUACGCUGGACAUUGAAGACGGUCGAUGGAGUGACCAGGGCCUGACGACGGUGGUCAACACUGAACAGCACCUGGACACUGCUCGACGGCUCUUCACCGCAGAGUAUCUUCCCAUGGUAAAGCUUGAGGAGUUCUAUCUGUGCGAUGAGAGUGCGCUCAUUGAGCAGUUUGAGCACCACCUCAUUUGCUUCAUCUACGGAAGCGAUGCAAAGAAGGGCAAUCUCGAUGAUGCACCAAUUGUGCAGCAUCCUGCCAGUGUGUUUCCCUCAAAAGGAGGUAAAAUUGAACUAGUCCAGGAUGCUCAGUAUCGUCGAUUUGGCUCCAGCAUCGACUUUAGCAGUGCUCUGCAUGCCAUCAUCACCGAUGUCAAGUACGUCGGCGAGCCCGAUGACCGAGAAGCACUUGGUCGGUGGAUUAACUUUGCACUGCUGCACCUGGAGAAGGUGCUCAAGGAGCAGAAUGACCGCGUUCGGAGCACCAUUAAAGACCACUUGGCCAGUGCAGUGGAGAAUGUCAUCAAAGGUGCUCGCUACGAACGACUGGACAGUUGCGGACCAAAAGUGCCCAAAGUGACUAGGAAAACCCCACUUGCCACGCAGUACUUUACCGAUGAGAUCAAUGGCCAUCACAACAAAGAUCUUAUUCAGAUUGAAGAGUCGCUUUUCGACGACAGCAAAUCGUCCUUCUACAUGGCCCACAAUGGCUGGGUCAUGGGCGAUGAUCCGUUGCGCAACUUUGCCGACGCUGACUCUUGGGUGUACCUGCGCCGAGAGCUCGUCUGCUGGGGCGACUCUGUGAAGCUGCGCUACGGCCUAAAGCCCGAAGACUCGCCCUUUCUCUGGUCAUUUAUGGAGCAGUACGUCACCCAGAUGGCUUCCACCUUUCAGGGCCUACGCCUCGACAAUUGCCAUUCUACGCCGAUUCACGUAGCCAAGUACGUGCUGGACGCUGCCCGCCGUGUCAACCCUGACCUUUACCUCAUCGCCGAACUUUUCACUGCCAGUGAGGACAUUGACAACAUCUUUGUGAACAAACUGGGCAUUAUUUCGCUGAUUCGCGAGGCCAUGUCGGCGCCCUCUUCCUUUGAGCUCGGUCGACAGGUCUAUCGGUACGGCGGGGAACCGUGUGCUCCCCUUUACCUGCGUCCCUUUGUGCCCACAGUGGCUCACGCCAUCUUCUUUGAUCUGACGCACGACAAUGAGUCGCCCAUUGUCCGCCGAACGGCGUUUGACCCUCUCGCCUCCUCUGCUCUGGUCGCCAUGACCUACUCUGCCGUGGGCUCCAAUCGAGGACUCGACGAACUGGUGCCCCAUCACAUUCACGUCGUCAACGAAGAGCGCCAGUACAGCGGGUGGAAUGAAAGCGUCAACGAAUCGACUGGCAUCAUCAAGGGCAAGCAGAUGCUCAACCACCUGCACCACUUUCUCGGCAGCCACGGCUUCUCACAGGCUUUUGUUGAUCAGCGAGACCGAGACACUGUGGUCGUCACUCGACACAACCCAAAGACGCACCAAUCGGUCAUUUUGGCGGCCAGAACGGCCUUUCAUCCGCUCCAUCAAGGCUACGCCUCGCACCUGGAGCCGCUGAAAAUUGAGGGAAAGUUUGAGAAGAUUCUCUUUGAGAUGAAAAUUGCUGGUCAGCCUGAUGAAGCAUUUGUGAAGGAUGGCCUUGUCAUCAACGGCUACCAGAAGAUGGCCAACCAGGUGAAGGCGAUGCUUGAGCCAAACCAGAGUGAGAUGAUCAGUCUGCAAGUUGAAGGGGCAACAAAUGUGAUCCACUUCAAGAACUUUCCACCCUCGUCAGUGGUGGCCAUCAGUUUCAGCCUGCUGGACAGUCAGAGUCAGGCUCUGGAGGCGAUUUGCCGCUCCAUUGAGCAGUACGAUGAAGAGAAGAGUGACAUUAACGCCAUUGUACAGCAGCUCGAUCUCAUUGACCUAAACUAUGUGCUCUUUCGAUCAAAUCAAGAGGAGAUGGACGAAAGCGGGAAUGGCGUCUACACCAUCUCAUCUGGACCUUUUGUCUACUGCGGUCUUGCCGGUGUCAUGUUUCACCUUGCCAAAAUUCGUACUCACAAUGAUUUGGUCUGGUCACUCUCCUCUGACUUUGUCAACCAAGGAGAUAACUUUGUGCAGCGACUUGCUCUGGGUGGUUACGCGCUCAUUGGCUCACACUCGCCCUCACCACUGCCUCCGCUGGCCAAGGCGUCCAUUCCGAAGAGUCUGUCUGCCUACGCCGGUCCGAAGUUGCCCACCAUGGCCGCCGGCCUGCCGCACUUUGCCUCCGGGUACAUGCGCAACUGGGGCCGAGACACAUUUAUCGCCCUGAAGGGACUGACACUGCUCACCGGUCAGUUUGACAUUGCCAAGGUGAUCAUUCUCGGCUUUGCGGGCACACUUCGCCACGGCCUCAUUCCCAACCUGCUCGACGGCGGGCGAAAUUCGCGCUACAACUGCCGUGACGCUGUCUGGUGGUGGCUUCAGUCCAUCAAGGACUACAUUCACACGGUGCCAGGCGGCGGGGAGGACAUUCUUAUGGAGAAGGUGCGCCGCAUCUUUCCCACCGACAACUCGCCAGCGCAGAUGGGCGACGAGGAGACGGCGGACACUGUUUUGGAGCCACUGCAUGACACCGUUCAGCAGGCACUGGAUCGACACUUUGCUGGCAUUGACUUUAUCGAGCGCAAUGCAGGCACCCAAAUUGACGCGCAUAUGACCUCGGAGGGCUUUCACAUUAAGGUGGGCGUCGAUCGACUGACGGGAUUUGUCUACGGUGGCAAUCAGUGGAACUGCGGCACGUGGAUGGACAAGAUGGGCUCUUCGGAUAAGGCGGGCAAUCGAGGCCACCCGGCGACGCCCAGAGACGGCUCUCCAGUGGAGAUUGUCGCCCUCUGCAAGUCGGUGGUCACCUUUCUUUCUGAGCUGCACCAGCGAGGUCACUAUCCGUAUGAGGGCGUGAAGAGGUGUGAUGCUUCGGGCGCCGUUCUCGAGUCGCUCACCUUUAGCCAGUGGGCAGAGAAGAUUCAGAGCAGUUUUGAGAGCAACUUUUAUAUUGGCGAGAAGACGGAGAACAAGCUGAUCAAUCGACGGCACAUCUACAAGGACACGGUCGGCGCAUCGAAGCAGUGGAUGGACUUUCAGCUGCGACCUAACUUUCUUGUGGCCAUGUGUGUAGCCCAUGAACUUUUUGACCGCCAACAUGCACUUGAGGCGUUGGAGAUGGCAGAGCAGCAUUUGCGCGGUCCACUGGGAAUGAAGACGCUUGAUCCGAGUGAUUGGAACUAUCGAGGUGACUACGACAACAGCAACGACUCCAAUGACUACACAGUGGCCAAUGGUUUCAACUAUCACAAUGGACCGGAAUGGCUUUGGCCCACCGGUUUCUACUUUAUGGCUCGACUGAAGUUUCACGUCGAGCAUACACAUGAAAUAGUUCAAAUAAACCAGUUGCUGGCCACGCACUUUGAACACCUCUCUCAGAGCGAGUGGUUCGGUCUGCCUGAGCUGACAAACUCCAAUGGCUCUCACUGCCAUCACAGUUGCACCAUUCAGGCCUGGUCACAUGCCACGCUGCUUGAGCUGCUUCAUCUGAAGAACUUUAUUGAGAAGAACAUGUUUGAAUGA